GAUAGCUGACUCCUCUGGCAACCAUCGUAGCAUGUAAACAGACCCGCAUUGUGUCUGUGCGUAGUGGCCGUCAUUACUCUACGAAAAGAUUUAAAAACUCCACAAUAUGUCUCAGGACGAAAAUCACGAAAUUGAGGAGGAGGUGGAAACCAAAAGUAAGGAGAAGAAAGCCGCAAAACAUGAUAGUGGAGCAGCGGAUUUAGAGAGAGUGACGAACUUUGCGGAAGAGAAGGAAAUCAAAUCGGAUGCGAAUUUUAUGUCAGUUAUCAACGAUGUGAAAAGACAGGAACAAACGAAUAAACUUGCACGAGAUCAAGAAUUGGCAAAAGUGUCCAUUAAGAAAGAAGAUGUAGAAGUGAUUAUGAAGGAAUUGGAAAUACCAAAGAUAAAAGCUGAAAGAGCACUUCGAGAACACCAAGGUAACCUCAUUGAAACACUAGUGACUCUAACUGAUUAACUGGCACUCUGUGUUUAAAGGGACUUCCUGUGUAAUUUUUGUUUCAUUUUACAUUAUCUAUAUUAUAUAAAGUAAUUGUUUCUUGGAACAUAUGCUUUUUCAAUUUAUGUAAUACUGUACCCUGUAUUAAGAUAUAUUUCAUGUGUAACUGUUGUUUCAUUACAAAUUAAAAUACUGUACACCA